AUGCCACCUAUUCCCAACUUGCGUUUAUUUAAUACUACAACUAUGAAUCAUGCUCAACAGCAACAACAGCUGCAUCAUCAACAGCAGCAACAAAAACAACAGAGACAGACAUUUGACGCCACAUCCAGUAUUUUAUCGGACUAUGAUGAAUUAGAGAUUUUGGAUGAACAAUCACUGUAUGUUUUGUUUAAUCCCAAGUCAGCUCAAACUAAAUCAGAUAUUCUUUCUCUUACAAACACAUCUAAAGAUGAAUACAAAUCUGAUACGGAAGCAGAAAGUGACGUGUAUGAGGAGGAUGAGGAUGAUGAAGAGGAAGAAGAGGAAGAAGACGAUGAAGAAGAAGAAGAAGAUGAUGAACUCAACAGAACGGAUGUAAUUGAUAGAGACAAUUUAUCUAAUAAAAUCAAUUCUUGGUACAGUUCUAAUGUUGUGACAUCAAAUCACCAUUUACUAGAUGAAAAGGUUGCAAGUUGGGAAUUAGAUGAAGAUGAAACUGAACAACUUCAACAACAAUCAAGACCAACAGUUUCACUGUUGGAAGAAAGUAAAACAAUAUUAAAAGAAUUCUAUGGGGAUGAUUUAUUUAAAUAUUUAGAUCAAGAAGACAUUGCAAAGUUUAAAAGAUUCCAUAAAAUGACAGACAUAAAAAAUUAUUUAUUGAAUAAGAAUGAUAAUAAUUCAUCAAUAUUGGAUCAACUUCUUUAUCGAGUAUUACUUUUAAAAGAACGUAAACAAUGUGAUUUACUUCUUCAUAGAAAGUUCAAUAUUGGUACUACUGAUUAUAUCAAUUACUUGACUAAAGACAAGAUUCCACAGAACACUUAUGUUGAACCGGUCACGUUCUCCGAUACAACUGGUGGAGGAUCUAGUUUGAUCAUGUGUGGUGGUGUGGGAUAUGGAGGUUCUACUAGUUGGAACGAUAUAUGA